AUGAAGUCGGGUGGGCCUGUGACCAUGUAUGUGGGUCUGGCGAAGGAUUUGUACAGGGCCUCGGUCGCUACCGGUUUUGAGAUGAAGCCGGAUAUGUUGGCGUGGAGCUUGCUUGCGGGAUUGCCCAAGACGUUUAGUACCCUGGAAACAAUUCUAGAGGCUUUGAAGAGCGCCAGAAGCUCGGUGGAUGCGAUUCUGCCAAAGCUCUUGGUGCAUGAGCAGGGGUUUGAGGAGUCGCUUAAGGAUAAGGGCGGCGGUGGUUCGGACUCCGCUAUGGCCUAUGAGAACGGCAACUGCGAGCUUGAGGUUGACAGGGAGGUAGUCCUUCUUGCUCGGAAAGUGAAGGGGAUCUACGUGGUCAACGGGGCGGAGAAGGACACGUGCUUCCCUGUGAAAAAGCCGGAAAUCGGCGAGUUGUGGCACCGACGUCGAGGAAGAAGCUCAAGUCGGUGCGAACAGAUCAGGGCAAGGAGCCUCGUCAAUAAGGCCCUUGAAGACGUUUUUGGGAGCAAGGGGACGGUUCACCAGAAAACCGCCCCCUACAAUACCGAGCAAAAUGUGUCGGCGGAACGGCUCAAGCGGGAUAAGGACAAGACUCGGGCGAUGCUCGAGGACUCGGGGGUGCCCAAAGAAUCGUGGGCGGAAGCCGUGGUGACGGCCAACUACACCCGGAACCGGACGCCCGAGCACGGAGUUGCGGGCGGCGCUUGGAGUUGUGCGCUACCUUGCGGAUACGGCAGAGGACGGGGUGACCUUUGGGGGAGCGGAAAGACUCUCAUCGCUUAUUGUGACGCGGAGUGCGCGGGUGACGUGAACACAGAACGGUCCACAACGGGAUACGUCUUCUCGUGUACGGGGAGGCGGACGGAGAACAUGAAGGCGGACAUCAUGACCAAGGCUUUAGCACCGGGGAAGUUUAAGAAGUUCAAGCGCGAGAUAGGAACUGCAAAAGUCAUUAGUAUGUGGAGGAUUGUUGAGAUCCGGGCAUUUUGUGUGCGCAAUCUCGUGGGAGACGUCAAUAACCGGUAG